AUGGUGGAGAAGCAUUCAAUUAAUGAAGGCUGUCCAUCUAUAGGGAACAAGAUUAAAAUACGCGAGAAGGAACACAUUAUUAAUCCAGACCCAGAAGAAGAAGAAGAAGAUAGAUUCACUGGAUUACCUGAAAAUAUUCUGGUGAGGAUUGUUUGCCUGCUGCCGCUAAAGGAUGCAGUAGCUACAAGUGUCCUUUCCAAGCGAUGGCAGUACAUCUGGACUUGGACUAACAAUCUCGACUUCGAUGGAGACCAAAUUAUUGACCGCUACCAACAACGGAAUGAGAGGGGUAAUUUCAUCACGCUGAGAGUUCGAGUUCUUGAGCUUUUAGAAUGUUAUUGCCCUGGAAAUACCACAUCCUCUUUUGUGUUUCCUUCCAAUAAGUUCCUCAAAAUUCUUAGUUUGGAUUGCGUACAAGUCAGUCAAGAGGUACUUGAGUCUUUAUUGUCUAAAUAUCCACUACUUGAACGGUUGGAAGUUUUGCAUUCGGAUGCAUUGAUCAAUUUAAGGAUUAGGGGUCCAUCACUUGCAUUGAAGCAUCUGAAGUUAAAGAAUUGUUACAAUGUUGAAAGCAUUGAAAUAUGUGAUGCUGUAAACCUUGUUUCAUUCCAAUAUUGCAACUGUCAUGAUCCUCUUGACGAUCCACCGUUAAGAUUGGUACUUAGGAAUGCUCCAAAGCUUGUUAACGUUGACAUCAGUUUGUUUAAUGUUAACUAUCUGCAUCAUGCUUUUGCUACCAUUUUAUGUUGCAUCUCUCACCUACAGAUUCUCCAUCUUGCUGCACUGAACUAUAUGGAUAAUAUUCCAUAUCCUAUCCUACCAAAUCCCAAGGAGCUGAAAUUGUUUCUUGAUGUAUUUUACGAGCUCAUUUUUUUCCAUAUACAUCCUUUCCUGGAAAAGGCACCUAACUUGCAGAGACUAGUGUUGAAGUUGAAACACUGGGGUUUGUUUAUUAAUGAACCGGCCGCGUGUAAGAAACCUGCAACAAGGCCCCAUCAUUAUUGCCUCAAGGAAGUGGAAGUAACAGGUUAUUCAGGUUAUUCGAGUGAUGAUGAACUUAUCCUCUAUCUUAUAGAGAGUGCAGUUUCAAUUGAGAAAAUCAUUGUCAAUCCUUGCGAAUCUGAGGAAUGGCACGUCCAGUCAACCAUGUUUGAAGAGCAGGGAAGAGAUCAUGCUCUGAGGCAUAUGAAAGAGAAGAUUCCUAAAACUAUAAAAAAAUUUAUGUCUCUAACUUAUAUAGAGAUUGCAGCGGUGAUUGCAAUUUAA